CCUCAGAUUCCGUGCCCCCGCACCCAGAUCCGCGACCGCCCGCGGUUCCUCCUCCCAAAUGCCGCAGACAGGAGUACCUAGAGGAUUUGGGCUUGACGCGGAGUGAGGCACAGCCUGAGACAGCCCCGGCUGGCGCGCCGCGGCCACGCGAGGUCCCCGCCACCGCCCGCGGUAGAGCCCCAGCCCCAGCCCCAGCCCCUCCCGGAGAGCCGAGGCCUGUGGAUCGCACAGUCCGCGCAGUCCUCUGGGUCUGCGUGACSACCAUGCCUCUCUACGAGGGCCUAGGCAGCGGCGGCGAGAAAACGGCUGUCGUGAUCGACCUAGGAGAGGCCUUCACUAAGUGUGGAUUUGCUGGAGAAACUGGUCCAAGAUGUAUAAUUCCCAGUGUGAUAAAAAGAGCUGGCAUGCCUAAGCCAAUCAAAGUUGUUCAGUAUAAUAUAAAUACAGAAGAAUUAUAUUCCUACCUAAAGGAAUUCAUCCACAUAUUGUAUUUCAGGCAUUUGUUGGUGAAUCCCAGAGAUCGUCGAGUUGUAAUUAUUGAGUCGGUAUUAUGUCCUUCUCACUUCAGAGAGACCCUCACUCGUGUUCUUUUCAAGUAUUUUGAGGUUCCAUCUGUCUUGCUUGCUCCAAGUCAUCUAAUGGCACUUUUGACACUUGGAAUUAACUCUGCUAUGGUCCUAGAUUGUGGAUACAGGGAAAGCCUGGUGUUACCUAUAUAUGAAGGAAUCCCAGUACUAAAUUGUUGGGGAGCACUACCCCUUGGAGGAAAAGCUCUUCACAGGGAAUUGGAAACUCAACUGUUGGAACAAUGUACUGUUGACACGGGUGCUGCUAAAGAACAGAGUCUUCCCUCUGUGAUGGGUUCAGUUCCAGAAGGUAUCUUAGAGGACAUUAAAGUGCGCACUUGCUUUGUAAGUGACCUGAAGCGUGGACUAAAAAUCCAAGCUGCAAAAUUUAAUAUUGAUGGGAAUAGUGAGCGUCCCUCACCGCCCCCAAAUGUUGACUAUCCAUUAGAUGGAGAGAAGAUUUUACAUGUCCUUGGAUCGAUCAGAGAUUCAGUUGUGGAAAUUCUCUUUGAACAAGAUAAUGAAGAGAAAUCAGUUGCUACGUUAAUAUUGGAUUCUCUUCUGCAGUGCCCAAUAGACACCAGGAAGCAACUAGCAGAAAAUUUGGUAGUCAUAGGGGGCACAUCUAUGUUGCCAGGAUUUCUCCACAGGUUGCUUGCAGAAAUAAGGUAUUUGGUAGAAAAACCAAAAUAUCAAAAAGCACUUGGCACCAAGACAUUCCGAAUUCACACUCCACCUGCAAAGGCUAAUUGCGUAGCCUGGUUGGGAGGGGCUAUUUUUGGAGCAUUGCAAGAUAUACUUGGGAGCCGUUCAGUUUCAAAGGAAUAUUAUAAUCAGACGGGCCGUAUCCCUGAUUGGUGUUCUCUCAAUAACCCACCUUUGGAAAUGAUGUUUGAUGUUGGGAAAGCUCAGCCACCUUUGAUGAAGAGAGCAUUUUCCACUGAGAAAUAAAAGUUUGAUUAAAAUUCAACUUUUCUUCAUUUCAGAUGUUUAAUCAAUUAUAAGCAAAUUGUACAAAGUAUGUGGGAUGCUUUAUUAUAGAUGACUUUAGUGGAAAUGAAAGCAUUACUGUAUAUACUCUCUUAAUUUUUAAUUAGUUUGAMUUUGUUUCUGUUGUGUAGUAAUAAAAUGGUAGCUGUUGCUGUUGUCUUUCUGUCAGUGAAAUGUAGGUAAGCACUUUAAUUUUGGAA